UAUGUUUGAUAAAGAGGUUUCCGGGCCCGCUCAUGCGUAUUUUGACUAGUCCUGUGACAAUAAACCCAUUGUUCACUAGCGAGGCCCAACUUGAUGUGAGAGCGAAAUGCAUUACUUUACACUGCGGCACUGCCUAAGGAUUUCGAAUCACUAUUACAUGGUUCUUCGUAAAUUUUUAGCUCUCAAAACUUGAUAUUUAAAUCAGUAGAUAAACUCUCAAAACCUAAGUUUGAGCUAUUCUGUGAAGCAAUAUCAUUUGGUGUCUGUAACCGGACCAAAGAGAGACUGGAAACUUUGGUUUGAGAUCAUGGGGGUUUGCAAAGACAACAGGAUUAUGUUUGGGUUGUUUGACUCUGAUGGACAAUGAGUCACCGUGCGAGCCGGAUGCUCUAUGUUGGCAAUCUUCCUGGUGAUAUUCGCGAAAGAGAAGUAGAAGAUCUAUUUUACAAGUACGGACACAUCGUUGAAAUUGAUCUGAAAAUCCCUCCAAGACCUCCUGGUUAUGCCUUUGUUGAGUUUGAAGAUUAUCGUGAUGCUGAAGAUGCCAUUCGUGGUCGGGAUGGCUAUGAUUUUGAUGGGCAUAGAUUGCGUGUUGAAUAUGCACAUGGUGGGCGAGGGUCAUCAUCAGUGGAUCGUUACAGCAGUUAUCGCAGCAGUAGUGGUCAUGGUGGAGUUUCGAGGCGUUCUGACUACUGUGUUUUGGUUACUGGAUUACCUUCUUCUGCUUCAUGGCAAGACCUGAAGGAUCACAUGCGCCGAGCUGGGGAUGUCUGUUUCUCCCAAGUUUUCCGUGAUCGUGAUGGCAUGAGAGGAAUUGUGGACUACACAAGCUAUGAUGACAUGAGAUAUGCGAUCAGGAAACUUGAUGAUUCUCUGUUCCGUAACCAAUUUGAUCGGGCUUAUAUUCGGGUUAUGGAAUGUGAUUCAAGACGUAGCUACUCAAGGAGUCCCAGUCAUGCAAGAAGCAGAAGUCCCAGUCGCAGCUAUAGCUAUAGUAGCAGGAGUAGAAGCAACUCUCCAAGGGUCAAAAAUUCUUAUGGGUCUAAAUAUAGAUCUCGUUCGAGGUCUGUUUCAUCACAGCCCCUUUCUGAGUCAUCUCCUCGCUCUAUGUCAAGAUCUCGAUCAAUAUCUAGAUCUCCGCUACAAUCGCCUCCUCGUAAGAAAUGGGUGAGUACAAGUUCCAGGCGCGGUCCCAGCAGGAGCCGGAGCAGGAGCAUUUCUCGUUCCAUUUCACCAUCGCCUCCUCGUAAGAAACGGGUGAGUACAAGUUCCAUGCGCGGUCCCAGCAGGAGACGGAGCAGGAGCAGUUCUCGUUCCAUUUCACCAUCGCUACGAUCUGAUUGAAACAGAAUUGGUUGGCUUGAGUAGUUUGUCGCGAGAAUAUGUCUGAAGUAAGACCAUUUUGUUCAAUAGACACUAGUGCGUACUACUUGUGUGAGAACCUUGUUGCCUACUUUAUACUUUGGAUUUGGAGCUGUGUGCACUAGCUAGUAGCUGUGUAUACUUGGAUAUACUGCUGUAUGAUUAUUGCCUGGGAGCAUUAGCUAAUUUAUUCUAUGUUUCAACUA